AUGGGCAGCAAUGCCUGCGGAGAACAUGGGACACCCACACCCAUCAAUUCUGUGUUAACUUCAAAUAUGUAUUUUUCAACCACAGAAGAAAGUGAGUCCUGCUUUGUCCAACCAAAACCACGUACACUGGGAAGAGAAUCUACUUUAUAUGGCAAGGUACAAAACGAAAGCCUUCCUCAACUAGAGAAGCUCAAGAUUUCAGCCGUGUCUACAGCUAAUGGUGUUAAAUCCCUCCAUGAACAGCCCCUGGCAAAGGAUGCUGCAGACCCACCAGGAUCCACAGAGGAAACUCAGCCUCUUAAGGGACUGAAGGAGUCUGGGUCACCUCAGCCAGGUGGCAAAGAUGAUACUCCAGGAGGAGGAGAAAAGAAGGACGUGGAAGCAGGGACAGAGGCUCAGCCUUUUAAAGGAAACGCUGAGACCGAAGCUUUAGGAGCAGAAGCCAAGAGUCAACCUUUGAGGACAGUGGGAGAGAGGGACUCUCCUGGAGCAGUGGAAGGUCCUGAGAAUCCACAAGCUGCCGGAGAGAUGACACCCCUAGGAACAGCUGAGAAAAUUCCACCUCUGGAAGCAGCUAGAGAGCUGCAAUCUCAAGAAGCUAUGGGGACGGAUGAACAGUCCCAUCUCCCAGAAACAGUUCCCAAGGAGACGGAAUCUCCAGAAAUAUUGGAAGGAAGUCAGCUUGUGGAAACAGCUGAAAAGCAGCAACUUCAAGAAACACUGGGAGAAGAUGACCGGUCCCAACUUCUAGAGAUGAUUCCCAGAGAGAAUGGAACACCAGAAGUAUCAGACAGAAGCCAGCUUAUGGAAACAGCUGUCAAGGAUGAUUCGCUCCAUAAAACUCCUGAAGGUCCAGGAAACAUGGAGCAGAUCCAACCUGAAAGAAUAGUUGGAAACAUGGAACAUCCAGCAGGAANUCUAGAGACGGGGGCAAAUGUGGAAACGGUCAGGAAUAUUCAUGCUAACGAAGAGGACCAACACGUCGAAGGUGAAACAGGAGAAAAGCUUGAAACAGAGAUGGAGAAUGAAAAAGUAAGUGAAGGGGCUGAAACAAAAGAAGAAGAAACAGGAGAAGCUGUGGGUCUUUCAGAAGCCCCGUAUAUAGGUAUGGUGAUGGAAGGGUGA